GUGUGUAGGCUUUGUAUUUGUGAACAGUCUAAAUAUGUUUGGUAGGAAAUGUGCUGUGCGCAUGAUUCUAUGUUAGCAUGGACCUCACCCAUUUUUUUUUCAAACGUUUUGUUUAAAGUAGAAACAUAGAAUUUAAAACACACAUCUUUUUUUUUUUCUGUGAUUAGUGUGAGUGAUCUAAAGAACAGGGGACUGCUCAUAUCUUCACCCCCCUGUCAUAUUUCUUGAAGGGAUCUAUCAGUAGCACCUUAGAGGAGGAAUAAUCUUUACUUCAAAAAACAUGGACCAGAAAUAUUCACAAGAAAUAGUCAAAGUUUACCACUUCCGGUACAUGCGAGAGUACCGUGCCGUCUCUGUACUCUGGGCAGUUCUGACCAUCGUCUGGUGCAUCCUGAACAUCGUCUGCUUUGUGCAGCCCCAGUGGAUCGGCGACACAGAGGAAUCUGUAGGCUAUGGUCACAUGGGUGUGUACGCCUACUGCUACCCGGACUCCGCCAACACUCGAUACAUCUGCAGCGGCUCUUUCACAGACUUUGACACAAUCCUAAACGGACCUUUUAAAGCCACCACGUUCUUCUGCGGUGUGGCUGCUCUUCUCAUGCUCAUCACAGUGGCGGCGCUCAUGUUGUUUUUCUGUUUUAAAAAGACGGCAGUGUUUAUCUUUUGUGGGAUAUUGGAACUCGUCUGCUCUAUCUUCAUGUUUCUGGCCUGCGUCAUCUACCCAGCAGGCUGGGGUCAGAAAGAGGUUUACGACCUGUGUGGUAACAAUGCUGGGGAGUAUAGGAUAGGGGAGUGUGGUGUCCGCUGGGCAUACAUUCUCGCCAUUCUCGGCAUAUUUGACGCCUUCGUUCUUGCCCUGUUGGCGUUUUUCCUCGCCUCCAAGAGAGCCAAAAUAGACGUCUACUCGACUACUGGCACAGUGACUAAAUCUGAGCUGAAUGGUUACGACUCUCUGUCUAAAAAAUCCAUACCUAUCCAGCCCCAGGUGGUCGCAGUACCAAACACAGUGCCAGUAGUGGACACAGACCGAUACAGUGAAUAUUCACGGCAUUCAGAGAAACCACGAUCCAGAGGCGGCUUCCAGCUUUAAAAGAACCCACUCCUCAAACACCAGCGCGCACAAAAUACUUAAAAAUAAAUCAAAAACUUGAAAAAAGAAAAAUAUAAUUAAUUAAUGUUGAGUAUGUUUUAGGAUCACUUUUAUGCAUGUAUAUUUAGAAAAAAAACACCAUUGUAUAGUCCCAUCCUGAUCUUAAAACAAAUUAUGCAUACAAGACUCCGUUUUGUUUUAUAGUGUAGCCAUUAUAUGUGAUGAGACUAUACAAAACGUAAACUAAAUGUCAAAAUUCUGUAUCAUCAAAAAGGUGAAAGAUUUCAAGCAUAUGGUUCCCAACCCUAUUUAAGCCACGAUCCCACUUCAUAUAAUUUUUAUUGACCAAUAAAAACCAGCAAGCGCCCUGUACGAGACCAAAGAAAAACAGCAUUUGGGUUCACGGACCUUCUGGGUUGGGAACCACAAUAUCAAGCCAUAUGUUUUCAAAAAUAAAUCUUUUCUGCAUAUCAAAUUAAACAAUAAUAUAUCUGGAUUAAAUUAAAUCUAUUCUUAUUUUUAUCAUCAAAUUGAAAAUAUAAUUUUAAGAAGCCAUAUUUUCAAAUAGUAAAAGUUUCUACAGUUUUGGUAUUGAUAAGUUAAUUUUUUUUUUGGUAAAAAAAUUCAUAAAGCCUUGUAUGUUUUGAUAAUUUAUUCAUGCUGUAAAUUAAAAAGUGACAUUUGUUUUUCGUGCAAGUACUUUCGAAGACUUUGUGCUUCACUAGUUUUAUCUCGUUCUUCCACGAUUGACAUGCCUACCACUGUACAGUAGAUUCUAUUGCACAAAGUUGACUUUCCAUUUAGUCUCAUCUAUUUCAUUUUGUAGUCCUUUCAAGUGUUAGCUCUUCUUAAUCGUUGUAUGAGCCAAGUCGCGCCAAAUCCAUGAGCCAAAACCUUAAGCCAAAACAUAUUUCUAAAUGAUUUAGAAUUCAUCUGACUUAAACUAUCACGUGAUUGAGUCUCUCUUUCCAUUGGCUGGUCCGUGGACGACAACAUUUUCAAUCUCUGAAAGGUGGCCGACGGCCCUUUGGACGAGAACCCCCCCACAGUUCUCACUUAUGCACAUGUUCCUCAAUAUAGCAACAUUUCUACAUCGCUGAGUGGUUCUGUUGUUUUUUUCGACAUUCAUUUAAUACCAUAUCAUGUGGAGUGAUUUUCAUUAUCAUUAGUAUUAUCACGUCUUCUAGAAGAAAAAGUGCAUACCCUGUUGGUCAGCGCUUCUUUGUUGAAAAAUCAAAUGAAUCGCACAUAGUUUCCAGUUCGUAUCAUUAUAUGACCAUCAUUGUAGAAAAUAACAGUAGCAACAAAAAAAAAACGCAAUUUCCUCGGUUAUUUCCCAUUUUCUUUUAUAACUACUGUUUUCAUCUUCAGCUACUAUCUGAAGCAUGCCAAUAAAAUGGACAAAAUAUUUUGUCUCAAUAGAUAGUUCUUUUUUUUUUUUAUUUUUUUUUUUUUACUUAUGCCUUAAUAUUUAUGAAUUUUGUUUCGUAAAAUUUGCAAUCAAUCGUGUACUUUAUCUUUUCCUGUUUUUUGAACAAAUAUAAUGUUUAAACAUAUUUUUAAAUGUAUAGUUCUAGGUGUAAAUCUUCCCCAUACUACGAUGAUUCUCCAACAUUAUUUUGCCAACCAUCAUGAAUUUUUUCUAACACCAAAUUUGUGCUAAUUUACUAAAUGGGAGCAAAAUAAAGAACAACUGAAGACAUAAUUUGAAUAAAAUAAAAACAAUAACAUUCCAUUUUUCAAUCUUCCUAGGUUCCUACUCCUAUUGUAAGAUAUUACUGUCCAAGUGUUUCUAUUUAUUUCUAUAGCUUAUUGAAAGAACUCGUUAGAAUUGUUUCGUUUUAUUGGGAAGUUUUCAAACGAAGCUGUUUUUUUUGUGAUCUCUAUACUGUUUUCAUAUCUCUACAAAUGUUGACUGUACAAGACCAUACAUACAUAUAAUAUAUAGUAUUCAUGUUUCGUUAUAUAUAAUAUAAUAUUUUUUCUCAAUUAUUUUUAUCCUGCUGUCUGAAAGUAAAUAAAUUUGGUAAUUCUGAUAUUUCA